AAUCAAAGCGCUUGUCUUGGCAGAAGCUGGUAUGGCCCUCCGUCGCUGCCUUCCAAAAUCCACAGCGGUCUUGGCUGUGGUAGGACUCCUCAGUAUGUGCCUGUCUCACAGCACCGCCUUCAUCCUUCCUGCUCGCACGCCUCAACCACCAAAGGCUACCAGCAUAACCACUUCUACUAAAUCCUUGGCCCCAUCAAGGACCGAUCCAAUCUCAAGGAGCCAAGUGAAAUGGUACCGAGUAGCCUCUGUCCUUGCCCUUAUCCUCCUUCCCACUGCCCACAAUUCCCCCGCCCAUGCUUUCGACGCCAAGGGUGCCCGCCUCUUUGAGAACAACUGUGCAAGUUGUCACGUAGCAGGCACAAAUAUCAUUGGAUACGCUCGCGGGAAAACCCUGAAAGAAGAAGCCCUCAGCAAGUACAAAUUUAACACGCGCGCCUCCAUCGUCAACCUCUUAACGGAAGGAAAAGGUGUCAUGCCCAAGUACAGCAGCUACACGAGGAAGAACGGGGACGUGGUGCCGGCAAAAUUGACGGAACAAGAGAUGGGGCAGGUGGCGGACUACGUCUUGGAGCAGGCCAAGGCCGGAUGGAAAUGAGGGGAGGAUGGAGGAAUCCAGCCGCGUGGGAGAUUCCUCGUUCCCUCUUCACGAGUGCGCUGGGCGUGAUUUUUGAAAGGCUCGGUCGAAGCCUUGCCUUGUGUUGACGGUGCCCUGCCGAGAUUAAAAACUUGCAAUGGCAGCGUCCGCUUUGGAUGGAAUCGCUGAAAGAAAUAACGA